AUGGACACUCGAGCCAAAGUAGUAGAGGAACACCUCAAAAAAUUCAACAGGAAAGUUGAAAAUCUCGGUAAAACUAUCCAUGAAAUGGGUAACAAGAUGGAGACCUCAGACCAAACAUUAAAGGCCCUAUGUAACAAGCAAGAUUGUAUGGAGAUGAUGAUGGGGGAAUUGAAUUCUAAGCAUGAAUCGUUGGCGGCAAUGAUGGCCCAGAUGAUGGGUGAAAAGGUAGAAUCCAGAGACAAGCAGAAAAUAGAUGCGCUAGUUCAGAUUUACAAUGACGAGGGACUACUUACUCCACACUUGGGAUUUGCAUCGGGUAGUAAUACCAAUGGUGGUAAAAUGAGAGGAAUUAAGCAUCCUAAGAUUGAUUUCCCUUAUUUUAGUGGUGAAGGGCUUCGAGAAUGGUUGAGGAAGGCUCGAAAAUACUUCCAAAUCCACCAAAUUCCUGAUGAAUUGAGGGUCAGUAUUGCUGAAAUGCAUUUAAAAGUGAAAGCAAAUGUGUGGUUUCAUGGCUUCAUCAGUAGCAAUCCCAAUGUUCACUGGGAUUUGUUCUCUAGGGAAGUGUGUAGGAGAUUUGCAGAGGCUACCGGUGAAGAGGUUAUAGAAGCCUUUAGUAAGAUCAAGCAAAGGGGCAUAGUAGCUGAAUACCAGGAGCAAUUUGAGGAUCUCAAAUUUUAUGUGAUGCUAUCCCUUCCCCACCUUCUUGAAUCGUAUUAUAUAUUUAUCUUUACUAGUGGAUUGAAAGAGUAA